AUGCGUCCCCGCGACACCGAUCGCGCGGCAGCAGCCACCUCGCAAUGGAAGGCGUUUCUCGACCGAUGUCUGAUGCAUCGGAUCGACGCCGCGGAAUUCAGAGACCUGAGCAAACUGCUCCGCGCGCGCUGUCCGAUCGGCGACUCGUCGCUCAUCGACCUCUUGCUCCAGACGCGUCUAUCGACGGGCGUCAAGUGGGACCCGCUCCUGCCGCUGUACAUCGACUGUCUCUGCAAGAGGGGCGGGGUCCAGAUCUCGACCGUCUUGGCUUCUUUGUUGAGGCAUUCGUCCAUCCUCGAUAAGCCGUCGCCGGGGGCUGAUGUCGCGGCUAUCAAGAAAAGGGCCAAGUGCUACACGUUGAUGACGGAUAUCAAAGUCAUUCAGGACGCGAUGCUCUCGAUCUCGACGGGGGCGACGGUCAAAUCGCUCCUCGAGGCUAUCCAGGUCUUUUCUGCGACGGCGGAUUGGAUCCAGGCGAUCAUUGCCUGGCAUAAUAGUCACCUUGACGCGGAUCAGCCGGUCGGGCUGAUGGCUUCGCCGGAUGCUGUUCUCCUCUAUGAGUCUCUGGGGUUCCUCCUUGCUGCGCUGUCGGGGACGCAGAGGGGCUUAGAGGUUCUCUCGUCACAUUCUCAUGAUGCGCUCAAGGUCAGGAUUGGACAGGCUCUUUCAGCCUUCCUGCCACUCUGCGCCGAGGUCUCGCUUGCUCUCCGCAAUCGCUUGGACAGCGUGCAAAAGGAGUUCAACCUGUACGGCCAGCCGCCGUCCAAGUUGGAAGUCAGCAUGAUGGACAACGUCAAUGUCAACGCGCUUAAUUUUGAGGCGUCUAUCAUUGACGGACCUACCAUCAACUCUAGAGCUGGUCUCUACGUAUAUAUCAAUGCGAUGGGCCACUACGAAAUACUCAUCCAGGAAAUCAUCACCGCCGCUUUCGACGUCCUCUCCAACGCAAUGUAUCGCAACGAAUCCAGUCGGACAAUGCUCCUCUUCCGCUCAUUCCUGGUCAACAAACUCCCCACAUUUUUCGCGGCCAUGCUCUCCGUGUCGAUGGUCUCGCUGCCGAUGGAAGUGUGUAUCGGCCAUGCGUUGAGCCGGCUUGACCCCAACACCUUCCCUUCCUUCUCGCAGAUGUUUUCCAUGCAGGGCAAUUCGUCGCUCUCCGACGUGCGCCAGGAAUUCCUGUUUUCCUGUGCCUCGCACAAGUUGAUACCGGAGUCUAGUAUCGAGCGGCUUCUUGGCGAGAAUCCGAUGCAGACUCUCCCUGUCGGGGGACCGUUAGUCAAGGAUGACCUUGUCGCGCAGAUAAGCGCGAACCAUGAACGUGCGGAGCAGUUGAUCAGCGACAUUGAGUCUACGGAGGGCAACGCGGCUGCUAUCGUCGGGGCUAUCACAGAGGUCAUGCAUAACCUGUGCAAUCAGAAAGAAACGAUGACGCUGAAGAAUAUUUGCAACUCGCUAUCGCGUCGCCCUCAGUCGUUAGAUGUGAUGCUACUCUUUCGCAGCCCAAAGCAGAUCCUCCAACCGCUAUGCGCCCUUCUUGACUCAUGGCACUGGGAUGAAGACCAAGCAGAGAGCCAGCCGGUGUAUGACGAGUUUGGAAGCAUUCUGCUGUUGGUGUUGACGUUCAAGUACCGUUACGACCUGCGGCCGUUUGAUCUUGGAAUCACGAGCAGCAAUUCCUUUAUCCUCAAGUUGAUCGAGCGGGGUUCGUCUAGUCUGAAGCUCGAGGAGCUGAGUGAGAAGCAGAACAAGAACAUAGGCGAGUGGAUAGCGGCUUUGUUCAUCGCCGAAGGAAUUAGCGAGGAGACCAUGUCUGGAUGCAGUCCGCAAGAGUUUUACAUGCUUGUCUCCACACUUUUCCGCCAAAGUCUUGGAGCGUGCGAGGCGGGAAAGCUAGAGUUUGAUACGCUAAAGGGUGGAUUCGAAUACCUGCUUGAGCCAUUCCUUCUUCCCUCACUUGUUGUCGCCUUGACCUGGUUGAGCAAUCACAUCUGGGAAAGCGAGCAGGACCCGACCAUCCCGUUGAAGACGUUACAGUCACUGGUCAGCCCCAGCUCAAUAUCAGGCGAGGCGCGCGAGAUCCACUUGACCGUCCUCAACAUCACCGCCCGCGCUCUCGAGGAACAACUCAAAGACGUCCGCGCGCGCCAUCCCAACCGAACAGAUAUCAAACCCAUCCUCGACGCCCUCGAGCCAUGCCUCUCCUUUAAGCGCACCGCCAGCUGCCACAAGUCCGAGCUCGAAAGCUGGACCACCCACUCCCCCGGCGGACUCCUCGGCAGCAUCCGCAGCACCUUUCAAUCCCUCGUCAUCUGGAGCACAAGCCCGGACGUCAACAUGGCACCACCCUCGUACACGCACCGCCAAAUCAUCUCCGCAAUCCGCAUGCUAGGCGCGACCCGCGUCCUCACCUCCCUCCUCGAAGAACUCAAACUCCAAUCCCAAUCCGGCAACGCCGACCUCGCCCUCGACAUCGCCGCGACCCUCAUCUGCACCCCGCUCGCAGAAUCCUACGCCAUCGACCAAAACACCCACCACCCCGUCGACCCAACCAAGGAACCCGUCCCGCGCUGUCCGAUGCUCACCCUCCGCGACGCAUUGAACCUACACCACGCCGACGUGCCCAAAAUCUCCGAAAAGGACCCCCUCCGCGCCGAGUUGGUCGUCCGCCUCUACCGCCGCGUCAAUGUCCUCCUCGCGCCCCCGGCCCAGGUCACAAACCUCGACAUGAACAUGAAUAUGAACAUGAACAGCAUCAUCCAGAACAUGCAGCUUGGAGUCGACCAAACGUCGAUGGAUCUCGAUCCGUCCGGUGCAUCAAGUGCGCCCGGUCAAAACGAACAGGCAAACCUCGACCAGAUCAUGGAUAACGCGGCGGCAGCUGUAGGCAUGGAUAUGGACGGUGGACAGGGAAUGGAUGACUUGGGGCUUGGGUCUUCGACUGGAUUGGAUCAGAGUAUCGACGAUGUGUUGAAUGCCGCGGAGAUGAAUCCGGAGUUUUUGGAUUUGGAUAUGGAGGGGAUGUUUUGA